UUCUGAGUCCUGCUUGGGGGCAUUAAAUUGACAUGGCAGAACCCACUGAGCCACAGCCUUUGGACACAGGCAACACCAUGGUCCAAGCCGAGCCGGUUUCUGAAGUGCCUACAGGUAAGGCCAAAGCAAAAUCUAAAUAUGGCAGGAAGGCUGGUAAGACAAGCGAUAAGAUGGCUGACAGAACACAUAGAGCCCUGUAGAAGCAAUUCUCCCGGGCCCAAUGCUUGUCAACUGAACAGGAUUACAUACCUCCUGGUGCAUCCCCACCCGAGACACAUGUACCAUCCACAUCGGGAGCAUGGUCGCCUUUGAGCGCAAUCCAGCAGGUCUCUGAUCAGACCUUUGGUCAGGUAGGUCCACCCAUGCUUGGGGAGGACCUUGAUUUGCCCAGCCCAUCAUCUGCGCCCACUGCUACAUUAACUCCAAUGGCUGUGGGGUCACGACCUCCGCUAGAGCCAUCUUUUUCAGCACAGCUCCAAUCGUGGAUAUCGCAGGCGGUAAUCCAGGCCGUGGCAUCAUCGGGUAUCCACCAGGCAUUACCAGUUCCUGGUUCCUCCUCUGCACCAGCUUCCUCAUCUCGACCCACAGUGGAUCGUUCAGGUAGGGUUUCCCCAUCCCGAUCUCUGGACUCCGAGUCUUCCAAUGUCUUGGAUUAUGACGAAGGGGGGGACUGCUAGUCUGAGUGCGAGGAGCCAACCCAUGAGUCUCAGCCCAUGGCAGAGCUAUUCAAUGCCUUGCUUUUUCCGUCAUUGCUGUACAGGGCUUGUGCAGCGAGCAAACUUUCCUCUGUCUCUUCUCCGGAGCCUUCCACAGAUCAGGACUCAAAUCCUUUAUUUGCCAAACCGGUAGAUAAACCGAUAUUCCAUGUCCCCCCAUAUUCCUGAAGAACAUUCAAGGACAAUGGGAAUGUCCAGCUGCUCAACCUUUCCAAGGAGCAUCUGAGCGCAAGAUUGUGGACAUGGCAAAGAAUCUGACUGACCUUUUAGAGGUGCCUGAGGUGGAUGAAUCCUUAGCCCCACUGUUUUCUACAGCCAGCCUUCUGGCGGAUGUCUCAGAUGCCCUUAAGGCGGAAGAUAAAAAGUCUGAACUGGCCUUACGCAAGGUUCACUUAGCAUCCGCUUAGGCUACAAAGGUGACAACUUCCAUUUCCUUUUUUGCAAGGAUUUCAAUUACUUGGCUCAGACAAUUGCAAGACAGGAUCCCUCUGGAGGAGGUUAGGAUCCAUCAGGACCUUACUAAGCUUAUAGCCACAUCUGAGUAUAUGGCAGAUGUCUCAAUAUACUCAGCCAAGCAUUCAGCCAGGGCAAUGGCUUCCGGUGUAGUCGCCAGGAGGCUACUUUGGCUCAAGAACUGGAGAGCUGAAAGCAAGCACAAGUGGCGUGCGGCCAUUGCCCCCUUCAUUGAUAGCCGACUGUUUGGGGAAGCAUUGACCCCAUACCUUAUUGAGAAUAAACAGAAACAAAAGGUCAUCUCUCACUUAAUUGGGAAAUCCAACAGGCGUUACCUCCCUUACAGCCGCUGUCAGUCCUUUCGGACUGCAUCCACAUCAGAACAGGGACAACCUUACAGACCCCCAGCUCCGAAGGCUGACUGCCCCUUUGACAGAGCGGGGUAUAGGGACAGAUCCCGAUACCAAUCCCAGACCAACCCUUCCUUCUGUGGCAGAGGGGGCUGCCCCUUCCGCCGCUCCAAGUGACUCAGAAGGGACCCCCCCCAUUGGCGGCAGGCUAAUCCUUUUCAUCCGCCAAUGGGAAAGCACCACCAUGGACUCCUGGGUUCUGAGCACCAUAAGGGAAGGCCUGUCUCUGGAGUUCAAAUCCCAUCCAAUAGAUCACUUUGUCUCUUGCCCAGCCAUGAGAAAUCACAUAAAAAGAGGUCUCAUGGAAGAUGCCAUCCGACAUCUCCUCAGCAUCAAAGCCAUAGAGGAGGUUCCCUUGUCCCAAUGGGGAUCGGGGUAUUACUCCAUCCUCUUUGUAGUUCCAAAAUCCUCAGGAGGAUGGAGAGCAAUCCUAGACCUCAAGGGGCUGAACCUCGACCUACAAUACAGGAGGUUCAAGAUGCAGACUUGCACUCCAUCCUAGGCAGUAUCAAGAUGGGAGAUCUUCUAACAUCCAUAGACCUCAAGGAGGCAUAUUUGCAUAUCCUUAUCCACCCGGCACAUCGCAAAUACCUGCGGUUUUAUUACCUCAACCAUCAUUUUCAAUACAGGGCCCUACCAUUCAGUCUUUCCUUCGCCCCCAGGGUCUUCACCAAAAUACUGGCAUUCUGGCGGCCCAUUUGAGGUUGGUUCCGGUGCACAUCCAGUGUUAUCUGGACGACAUUCUGAUCCAAUCGCUAUCAGCAACAUCCGCCCAGUCAGAUCUGGAUCUCACAAUCAGAACUCUUCAGAACCAUGGGUUCUUAAUAAAUUUCAAAAAGAGCCAGACAACACCAUCGACCCAUCUGUUACACGUGGGGGCGGUGAUCGACACAGACAAUUGUCACGUGUACCUAUCGGAGGAAAGGCGCAAGAGUAUCAGAGACCUGGCACUCAAGGUAUGCAGGAACAGGACAGUAACAUUAGCUCUCCUUUCCCAGUUACUGGGGAAGUUGAUAUCCUGCAUAGCGAUAGUGCCGUGGGCCCAACUACAUGCUCGACCAGGAAGAGUUCCUGCUUCCACAUCAAAGACAACAUACAAAUACCUCCAACCAGCUGGUGCGUGUUCCUCAUCAGGUUCGUCUGUCUCUCAACUGGUGGACUUCCUCGGCCAUAUGCAAGGGGACCCUAUUCAAAGAGCUCACUCGCAUCAGUAUGACCACGGAUGCGAGUCUUUUCAGUUGGGGCGCUCAUCUCCAAACACGGAUGGCUCUGGGUCAGUGGUCACAGACAGACCGGAAGCACAGCAUAAAUUGGUUGGAGCUCAGAGCGAUCCACCUAGCUCUCAGACAUUUCCACUCAGUAGUCAGGGGGCAACAUGUGCUGGUCCUGACAGACAGCAUGGCGGCAAAGGCCCACGUCAAUCAACAGGGGGGUACCCAGUCAAAGUCCCUCAUGGCAGAAGCUCGGGCAUUGAGUUCCUGGGCGGAGAAACAUCUACUCUCCAUCAGGGCAGAGCACAUUUCGGGGGAGGUGAAUUGGCAGGCAGAUUUUCUCAGCAAGUCAAUAGUGGACCAUUCGGAGUGGAAGUUACAUCCAGAUGUCUUCAGGGAGAUCACGGACAGAUUUGGUCGUCCAAUAGUGGACCUGUUCGCCUCGCCAGAGAACACCCAACUAUCCAGGUUUUUUUCCUGGUUCCCCUCUCAGGGGGGGAGGGGGCGGACGCCUUAUGCAGCCAAUGGCCACGAGGCCUCUUGUAUGCCUUUCCCCCACUGCCUCUGUUACCAGCAGCUAUCAGGAAGAUCCUGGCGGAGCAGGCAGAGGUAAUAUUUAUUGCUCCUCACUGGCCCAGAAGGCCAUGGUUUGCAGACCUGGUGAGCCUCUCUGUCUCUGCUCCGUGGAGGAUUCCAGACCAUCGCAUUCGGUUGACACAGGGAGAUCUUCAACAUCCAGAUCCCCAAUGGCUUCAGUUAAUCAUUUGGCACUUGAAUGCCACACCUUGACUUGAGAGUCCUAUUCGUCAGGGGUGAUUGCUAUGAUUCAGGCUGCCAGGAGACUGUCGACUAACCAUAUUUACAACCAUACGUGGAAGAACUUCUGUCAUUGGUGCAACAGGAAUCACGUGAGUCUGUCACAAGUAACCAUCCCCAAGGUGUUAGAAUACUUGCUGGAGGGCGUCAACAAGGGGUUGUCGCCCAACACUAUCUGUAGACAGCUAGCAGCCCUUUCCACAGUGUUUUCUUGGGACUCUUCAGAAUCCUUGUCUAGACACCCUACAAUCAGAUCUUUCCUAAAGGGAGUUACCAAUAGCAAUCCCCCUGUGAUUCAUAGGUAUCCCUCUUGGGAUCUACCCAAAGUCUUACAAGCUCUAACCUCUUCCCCCUUUGAACCACUUAGAACAUUUUCCUUGCAGUACCUGUCACUGAAGGUUUCAUUUCUGAUAGCCAUAACUUCUGCCAGACAUAUAUCGGAAUUAGCUGCCUUGUCAAUCAGGAAGGACCUGUGCUUGUUUCACGAGGACAGGGUGAUUCUUCAAUUAGAUCCCUCGUUUAUUCCAAAAAUAAACACGAUGUUCCAUAGGGUACACGAGGUUAUUCUCCCGGACUUCGGUCCCCACCUGUCACAUGACUUGGAACGGCAAUGGCACUCUUUAGACGUGCGGAGAGCUUUGCAGUGUUAUAUCAAACGCACAGCAUCUUUCCGUAAAUCAGAAGCCCUGUUUAUAUCCUUCCAGCCUUCCUCAAUGGGCCAAAAGGUUUUGGCUUCCACUAUAGGUAGGUGGAUUAGGGUUUGUAUUGCAGCAGCUUACGCGUCUCUUGCCCUACCCAUUCCCAGUCAUGUGACGGCUCAUUCCACACGCAGCGCUGCCACAACCGCUGCAUGCGCUACUCAAGCGUCUAUUGAAGACAUUUGUAGGGCAGCGACAUGGUCCACGCCUUCCCCAUUUAUUAGGCAUUAUCGCUUGGACAAGUUUGCUUCGGCUGAGGCCGCCUUCGGUAGACGUAUUUUGCAACAGGUGGUGACACCAUCAGGUUCACAGACCCCAACUAUUUCCCACCCAUAGGGACUUCAGGAGCUUUGGUACGUCCCAUUGGUGGAUUCUUCAGUCAUCAUGCUGGAGAAAGAGCGUUGGCUUACCUGAACGCAAGUUCUCAGCAUGAUGAUGAAGAAUCCACGCCCUCCCUUCAAGUUGUUAGUUAGUUAGGGGUUGGGGGCCUGUUUCUUUUUUCCUUUUUUUAUGAGAGUCAUCACGUCGAACUGUUGUCAUUGGCUACGCCCUCGAUGAAACUGGGAGGAGCUAGACAAUGAGGAGGCGUGACAACUUGACUACUUAGUCUGAUUGGGCAGGAGGACUGAAAUAACCCAUUGGUGGAUUCUUCAUCAUCAUGCUGAGAACUUGCGUUCAGGUAAGCCAACGCUCUUUAUCAUCCCACUAAUAGUGAAACUUGAUCUUUGCUGGGUAGUAUAGGUGGCUAUGGUGGAUGGCAGAAGAUAACCCUCUCCAAUUUACUAUUGUUCCAGAUGCUUUUCCAGUUGGUACUAACAUAGGACACAGGUAGAUGUUCAACCCAUAAUGGAGGAUGUCAUAUUGGGGUUUUCUGAAACUGGAAUAGGAGUCUUUAUUAAGCAUUCAUGCCAAUAGAUUUAUACUGUGGAUACAGCUUCCAAGUAAUUGGCACCCUGAUGGCUUUAACCAGCCUUUGUCAACUUCACAGCUGCUUUGGCAACAGGCAAGAAGGAUUCCGAAUAUAGAACUAUUGUGAAGCAUCCAAGUAUAGUUUCACUUACUCAGUUUUCCAGCCAUUUUCACAGAGAAAACUGACCGCUUGGUUUUGGAAUAUUCAUCUGUACAUAUUCAGACCAUGAUCUGAGCCUUUGAUUUCAGGGUGGACUUAUUAUUAUUGUUUGAAUAUUUGCUCUUCCUUGCAAGAUCAAAGACUUUCUUUAAAACCUUUUGCAUUCUGAAUGCAGCUUGCUGUGAUACUUGAAAUAAAUCAAAAGCCUUUCUUUCAAAGUACAACAUUAGAGACAUGACUCUUUAUUAAUUUAGAGAU